CAUUAUUUUUAUUCCAAUUACACCCCCUCAUCGGUUUCUUUUUUCUGACUUCCCUCACGCCCGCUUCGGCUUCGAGAUAAGAAGCGCGAGAGGGAGGCAGAGGGUUUCUUCACCUCCUGGCUCUGAUCGGGCCUAUCAGUUUUGUCCCUUCGUGAUCGGUGUCCGAUUUUGGGUUCUCGAGGGGGUGUUCGGCAAAUUCCUCUGCUCUACUGCUGUUUCUGGUUUUCGGCUGUCGUUAGCGGAGUGGGUCGAGAGAUGGCGGGAAAAGGAGGAAAGGGGCUCCUCGCGGCGAAGACCACGGCGGCGAACAAGGACAAAGACAAGAAGAAGCCGAUUUCCCGGUCUGCCCGAGCCGGGUUGCAGUUCCCUGUCGGCAGAAUUCAUCGGCAACUGAAGUCGAGGAUUCAAGCUAAUGGUCGUGUUGGUGCCACGGCAGCUGUGUACUCGGCAGCAAUAUUGGAGUAUUUGACAGCUGAAGUAUUGGAGCUUGCAGGGAAUGCGAGCAAGGAUCUUAAGGUGAAGCGUAUUACUCCACGCCAUCUUCAGCUAGCCAUUCGAGGGGAUGAGGAGCUCGACACCCUCAUCAAGGGCACUAUUGCUGGUGGUGGAGUCAUACCUCACAUUCACAAGUCACUCAUUAACAAGUCCUCCAAGGAGUGAUCCUUCCAUUUCCAUUGGAUGAAUUCAUAGUGUUAGCGGAUAUGCAUGCUUUACUAAAUCUGCGACUUUUGUUGUUCUGAUUGUGAACCUGUGGUUGGUUUGUAACAAAAUUAUGUUUUUCUACUAGUUUGUUUUGGAUUUAGCAAAUAUCAGCAACUUUUGUUUAGCUUUGACAUUUAGCAUGUAGUCUAACAUGAGUUCUUUUUUCAUGAUGUAUUUUUUAGAGUAACUUAAAUUAAAACAUGCCAAAUGUGGA